AUGGACCACAUCCCACGAGUCCGUGACUCCGAACUCAAAACCGCCCACCUCACUGUCCCCUACUUGGCGGGUGACAGUCCUUGGGAAUAUGGGAGCCGGAUGCGAGGUUUUGAUAGCUUUCGAGCGUUCCCCAAGAAGCACGGGUUUAGCUCUCUCCUAGACCAAGGGUGCAGCGGCAAUGACCUGCCAGUCCCAUCGAUUGGCUUCCUCCAGGCAUGGCUGUACUUCGGUCUGCUGGCUGAGGCAUUUGGCACGCCGGAGAUGAAGUUCCAACCAGACCAUUUCAUCGGAAAAUCAGGCAAUGAGAUGGUAAUCACGACCAAAGAGCUCAAUCGGUAUAUCUGGUACUGGGCCGCUGCCGUGGCACACGGAGUCCGCGACGAGAUUGACGAGCACUCUGCGAACUUGGACAGAUGUCUUGAGCUUGCGAAUGCCGUUGUGAAUGGGUUCUAUCGCCGCUCGUCAGAACCAAAAGGAUCAGAGAAGGUAGAUUCAAAGUGGUCAACGACGAAUACCGUGCUCUUCUCCAUCAUCACACUGGUUGACUACCUCCGUCGGGCACGCAUCGACAUCAACAUGUACAGCUUCGAAGUCAAUCUCCCUCCCUUGGUCUGGGACUUUCCACCGCUUGAUCGGGCUUUAGCCGAGGCAGGAUGGUGCGCGGCGGAGAUUAGCAGGUUGAACGAUCAGACCGACUGCUCGACUCGGUUCUACCUUGCGCAGGUUGACCGCUGGGCGCAGGGGAAGGACCAUAGUCGGUGUAUAGCCGGGCAAGGGUGCCAGGCGCACCAGAUCGAUGAGCCGACCUACAGAACGCGGCAUCGGCCGGACUGUAAGGGCGAGAUGUGCUGGGACAUGGGGCCGGUAGUGGAGGAUGUCGUGAAGAUCCUCGAUGAGGGGGGAUACCCGCUCGUUAAUCUGUCGGACAAUAGUAGAGACGUCGAAGUCCAUCCAGCUAAGCAGGGAGAGGUCUACGUGACCAUUUCGCACGUCUGGUCAGACGGCCUGGGUAAUCCGCACGAUAAUACGCUACCACACUGCCAACUCGCCUACAUCCAAAACCUUGUCAACGCGCUCUACGCAGACUCGCCUCACCCAGUGAGAUUCUGGCUCGACACCCUCUGCAUCCCAGUGGGGGACAGACACUCGCCCUUCCGACGCAUCGCCAUAAACCGCAUGCACGAGACAUUCAGAGCCUCAGACAAAACGCUGGCACUAGACAACUCGCUCAUGGCCCAGCGCACCGACGCAGAAAUGGACUGGGUCGAGAUGAACAUGCGCAUCAAGUACUGUCCCUGGGUGACGCGCGCCUGGACGCUCCUCGAAGGCCGCGUCGGCAAAGAACUGCUCUUCCAGUUUCACGACAAGGCGGUUUCAUCGAACUUCGUUUUUGAUCGCUCUUACGCUGAGCGCAAUAUCCUCGCUGUAUCUGCUAUGCUCGAGAAACGAGGCGUGGAAAAUGUCCUCAGCGAGCCGAAUGCGCUCCGUCUCGCUCGUGCACUGACGCUUCUCCCGGAGACUCUGGGCUCGACUGCCCAGGUCUACGAUACCUGGAUGCCCAUUCUCCAAAGCGCAGGUGUAUUCUCCGACCUUUCCGACAUUGACGACGACAUGAGCGUCAACAUCCAAACGCGCGUCUUCUGCCCUGUAACAAAACACUCGAACGCCGGGACACGAAACAUCCGCGACGAAUUCUGGCUUGAGAAUAUCGUAUCUACCCGCGAGGACGCAAAAGCCGAGGGGACGCAGUACGCCGCUUAUGCGUUUUUCGAAGGCGUCUCCCUUGGGUUCCGUGGACGGACUGCAAGUAAAGCCGAAGACGAGACGAUCUGCUUCGGCCAGAUGCUGGGAAUCGAUACGGCGCCGUUGACGGCUAUCAAGCCUUUGAGGCCGAGGGAGAGGUACUGGCUUAGCCUGAUAGAUUCGAACCCGCUGCUAAGCGUGCUUGCUCGGGCAUUUGGGAUUGAUGCGGGAGGUAGAUUGGCCGAAUGCCAGGAGAAACGGAUCCAGACGCUCCUGACGCAUAUUGAACGGCUGCCUCUGACUAUCCUGCUCUGGGAGGUCUCGCGCAUGCGGAGUCCAGGCUGGAAAUGGGCGCCGCUGUCGCUGCUGGAUGUCCGUCCUGGCUCGGAGGGCGAGGGGACAUGGGCGAGCAGUGAGCGGGGAAUUGUUGGGUCUGAUGGGCUAACUGUCUCUCUGCCGGCAUUGCAGCUGCGCACAACAGAUAGAACAAGGGCAGCGGACGUGAAUGUACCUCUUUCACAUCCCAUACACCUUAAAGUCGCCACGGAGGACGACGGCAUCGGCCCCGUUGGCGGCGGCGAGGUCACCUUCAUACUCCAGCUUGAUAGCAAGUCCAUACCGCCUGAAUGGAAGAGGUAUAAGACGUGGUCGGCGUUCAUCGGUGCGGGCGUGUUAGAUAGUCUUUGCAUUCUGACGAGGCGCCGCGCGUCGAUCCAUGAUCCGUUUAAGAAUAGGGGUGUUUUGGUGGAGGUUUGUGGGCGUGAGAGACGGGUUGGGAGUGCAGGUGAGGCUAUGAUGGCGCAGUAUCGCGUCGUCGUUGAGAGGCCGCAUGAGGGUGAAAUGGCUGGAGCUAAACUGCCUGUUCCUGUUGUUUGUGUUGGUGGGAGGUGGGAUAUGCAGUCGAGGUGGUGUAUUGGAUAG